ACAUCAUGCAAAUUUAGCGACCAUCGAAAUCAACACGAGAAGGAAUGUGAUGCUAGUUUUUGGUGGAUUUUUCUUCUGGCAUGGGGUUGAAUUGCCUGAGAGCAUAAAGAAGAUGGAUUUAAACAUUUAGAAAACGUUCAGGGACGUAGAUUCCGUUGUUUGGUGUUAUCUUAAAGGAACCACUGUCUCUAAUAGAGAUCAACGGCAUUACUGGUCGCCAUUUUGAAAAUCUGUCUAUCGGGGUUUGCGUCGGGCGAAUCUAAGAGAACAUGACGAAUCUUGAGGGAAAUAAUCGCAAAUGGACACAAGAUGAAAUCAUCAACAACACAAAAAACGUUGUUCGGGGGUUAGAAACCUUGAAAAAUGAACAUUCGGGGAUCUUGAAUAGUCUCAAUUCGAACAACGAGAGCGAUGGAGAGAACGAGUUAGAGCGAGAAAAGGGCUCUAUCAUUCAGGAAUCGAUCGACAAGAUUGAACUGGGAUUAGGAGAAGCCCAGGUCAUGAUGGCUUUGUGUAGCCAUCUUAGCACAGUCGAGGCCGAGAAACAGAAAUUAAAAGCUCAAGUGCGAAGACUUUGUCAGGAGAAUGCAUGGCUCAGAGAAGAGCUGUCAGUCACACAGCAGAAACUACAAGAAAGUGAACAAAAGGUUGCCCAGCUGGAGGAAGAGAAGAAACAUCUGGAAUUCAUGAACUCUAUCAAAAAAUAUGAUGACGAUAAACAUGAUGAGGGGAUUGAAAAUGACAUCAGUAUUGAUGACAUGCUCUCGCAUGAUGAUGAGGAAGAAACAGAAGUUGAUGAUGAAACACUAAGUCAGGCAUCAUCAGCGACUUCAGCUAGUGCAUCAGGUGUUUAUGAAAUCCCUGCACGUCUAAGAACACUGCACAAUUUAGUUAUACAGUAUGCAUCACAGGGUCGAUACGAAGUGGCAGUUCCCCUCUGUAAGCAAGCACUAGAAGAUUUGGAGAAGACAUCAGGCCAUGAUCAUCCCGAUGUUGCUACAAUGCUCAAUAUCCUUGCUCUUGUGUACAGAGAUCAGAAUAAGUAUAAAGAGGCUGCUAACUUGCUACAUGACGCGCUGACGAUCCGUGAAAAAACAUUGGGCGAAGACCAUCCAGCCGUUGCCGCAACUCUCAACAAUUUAGCAGUUCUUUACGGCAAGAGAGGAAAGUACAAAGAGGCAGAACCUUUGUGUAAGAGAGCCUUGGAGAUACGAGAAAAGGUAUUGGGUAAAGACCAUCCCGAUGUGGCAAAACAGCUGAACAAUCUGGCCUUGUUAUGUCAAAACCAAGGAAAAUAUGACGAGGUCGAGCAAUAUUAUCAACGGGCUUUGGAAAUUUACACAACCAAGCUUGGUCCUGAUGAUCCGAACGUGGCAAAAACGAAGAAUAACUUGGCUUCCGCUUAUCUGAAGCAAGGAAAAUACAAAGCGGCGGAAACACUGUAUAAGCAGGUACUGACCCGAGCGCACGAGCGGGAAUUUGGGCCUGGCACAGAGUCUUCUCUCGAGGAUGACGGAAAGCGCGGGAAAGACAACGCGCCGUACGGCGAGUAUGGCGGCUGGCACAAAGCGGCUAAGGUAGACAGCCCCACUGUCACCACUACCCUCAGGAAUCUGGGAGCAUUGUACCGCAGGCAGGGCAAGUUUGAAGCUGCGGAGACACUCGAAGAGUGUGCGCUGAGGUCGCGGCAGAACGUAUGUAACGCCCUUGAUGUUGUUCGCCAGACCAAAGUGGCGCAGCUUCUAGCUGAAGACGUCCCUGGAGGUUCGUUUUCCACUAGCAGUGUGGCAUCUUCCUCUCCGUCCUUGAACGGAAGCAGCAGCAAAACGUCCAUAGACACCGAAAAAGACGAUCCAAACGACGACAAGAAGAACGGAAAACGCGAGAAAACGUUUUCCCGCCUCAAAAGAACGCUGAGCAGCCGCGGUCAAAAGCUGAUGGAAAAGAUGGGCGGCAGCGGUACACGGCUCCAGCGGUCGUCGUCACGUGACAACCUAGCCCAUCAUGCCAAGCUGUCGCCGUCAGAGAGGAUCUCUCGCAGCACACCUAUGCUUGCUCAACCGCAAUCCGAUCACGACAGGGGGAGGUCGGGGAGUGUUACCACCAGGGGAGCCCCGUUGGGAUCUUGACGAGCCGAUGCCCUAUGGAAUCCGUUACGACACCAAGAGCUAGAAAGUUAUCUGAUAGAUUAGACUAUUUUCGUCAAUACCAAGUUUUGAUUCAUAUGAUCAUUUCUUUUUUUGUUUGUUUGUCUGUUUCAGUUUAGUAUGAACUUGCAGCUAUGGUUAACUGCAAGUAUCGUAGUUAAAUUAUGCAUGAGAAACUGCUGAAAGAACUGUUUCACGAUACACUAACUCUUUUUCUGCGUUUUAAAACUUGCCUUAAACCUGAGAUACAGCGCACUAAGCUAGACUGGGGAAGAUUGAGAGACUUCGAACGAGGAACUAGAAAACGUUAGGCUGAAUUUUACAAGAUUAACCACCUGUGCGUAGCGUAGCUGUUUUACCCCCGCCAGUAAAAGCUACAGCUUGUAAUAGAUCCUACAACAGAAACCUGACAUGGAAUCCCUGAUAUCCUUAGAAAUAAAGGUGAAAAAAAGAACAAUUUUGGGGAGAUCCAGAACAUUUUGGUGGAAGUUUUACUGGUUGGUAGGAAGACAAUCUAAAAUUCACUGGUUCUAGCUCUUGAAAACUUUAUUUCCAAGAAUGGUCACUAAGUAAUAUUUCCUUACAACCUUAAUUUAUUCCCAACAGACAGGUGACGGGAAUAGGUGUUGUCUUGAUACACUGCCAAAUUGUCAUAACUAACAAUAAAAUCAUGUAUAGCAACUAGUGUGGAGAAUCGAUGUUUCAGUCUUGGUUCUAAACAGGUUGUUUGCCUCUCGAUUUUCUUUUCUUUUGUUUUUUGUUUUACUGUAUUUAUUCUCAGUCGGUGGUGUUUGCUUGUGGCUAUGGCCAGCAACCUAGUUGAAAUUUACUGCUUAUGAUCUUCACACGGUCAAAAUCAAGAUAAACAAUAUUUAAUUAUGGCAAUCGUGUUAGGAAUGCUGUACAUAAGUAAGUGGCGUUUGAGAGAAAGAGGUUAUGAAAUAAAUUAUCGACAGACUGG